CAAGUUCAUUUUCACCCAUUGAGUUUUUUUGUGGAGUACCAAUUUUAAGCUGUACGUCCAAAAAUACAAUUUACUUGUUAAGAGUUUGUUUGCUUCUUCGGACCACUCUUCAAUUAUUUACUUUACCAAUUCAUAUGUUUGCUGUCUUUACUGCAACAGCAAAACCCAGUACAAAGCUGAUUCCUGUACUUGCACUACCAGCUUGCCUUAUUUAACUCGUUUUUAUUCUCUUUUUCUAUCUCUCACAUUCUUUAUCUUUCUAUAUACUCUCUCUUAUAUCUCCUUACUCAAAGACAUUAUCUUCUCAGCUUCAGUGCUUCUUGAACUUGGCAAGUAUCCUAUCAUGGUUUUGGUUGGGGAUCAUAAACAUGAUGGAGAUAGUGAAGUUGUAGUUGACUACAAUGGAAAUCCUGCAGAUAAGUCUCGUACUGGGGGAUGGCUUGCUGCUGGUCUCAUUUUAGGGACUGAGUUUGCUGAGAGAGUAUGUGUGAUGGGGAUUUCAAUGAACUUGGUGACGUACUUGGUUGGAUAUUUGCAUCUUUCAUCAUCAAAAUCUGCUACAAUAGUGACCAACUUCAUGGGAACUCUCAAUCUUCUAGGCUUGUUUGGAGGAUUUGUCGCAGAUGCCAAGUUGGGCCGGUACUUGACUGUUGCUAUCUUUGCAUCCAUAGCAGCUAUGGGUGUAGCACUCUUAACAUUGGCAACCUCACUUCCGAGCAUGAGGCCACCUUCAUGCAACCCCAGGAGUCCAGGUAGCCACUGCAUUUCAGCUGAUGGCAAGCAAUUAGCCAUGCUCUAUGCUGCUCUAUACAUCAUUGCCCUCGGUGGAGGGGGAAUAAAAUCCAAUGUUUCAGGCUUUGGUUCAGACCAAUUCGAUCCAUCAAACCCAAAAGAAGAGAAGGCCAUGAUCUUUUUCUUCAAUAGGUUCUACUUCUGCAUCAGCAUGGGAUCAUUGUUCGCUGUUACUGUUCUUGUUUAUGUUCAAGAUGAUGUAGGAAGAGGUUGGGGUUAUGGAAUCUCAGCUGCUACCAUGAUGAUUGGGGUGCUUGUUUUGCUAGCUGGAACGCGCCUUUAUAGGUACAGAUCCCCUCAAGGAAGUCCCCUGACAAUUGUUUGGAGGGUGGUUUUUCUUGCCUAUAAGAAGAGAAAGCUUCCUCAUCCUUCUCAACCUAGCUUUCUAAAUGGAUUUCAGACAGCCCAGAUUCCAUACACUCCUAUGUUCAGAUGUCUUGACAAAGCGGCCAUCAUAGACGAUUUCGCUGCAAAAGAUGAAAACAGGUACAAUCCAUGGAUUGUUUCGACGAUGACAGAAGUAGAAGAAGUAAAAAUGGUGCUUAAGCUCUUCCCAAUUUGGUCCACUUGUAUACUCUUCUGGACAGUUUAUUCUCAGAUGACUACGUUCACCAUAGAACAAGCAACGUUCAUGAACCGAAAAGUAGGAUCCUUCGUCAUUCCUGCAGGAUCUUUCUCUGUCUUUCUGUUUAUAUCAAUCCUUCUCUUCACCUCCUUGAAUGAAAGGGUCUUUGUUCCCAUCGCGAGGAGACUCACCCACAAUGUUCAAGGCCUUACGAGCCUUCAAAGAGUCGGGGUUGGUCUUGUGUCUGCUAUUGCUGCUAUGAUUGCUGCUGCCAUUGUGGAGAUGCAAAGGAGAGAACAUGCAGUUCGUGGAAUCAAACUUAGCGCGUUCUGGCUGGUUCCUCAGUAUUUCUUUGUUGGUGCAGGCGAAGGGUUUGCUUAUGUUGGUCAGCUUGAAUUCUUCAUCAGAGAGGCUCCUGAAAAGAUGAAAUCUAUGAGCACUGGAUUCUUCUUAAGCUCUCUAGCAAUGGGGUUUUUCGUGAGCAGCUUGCUAGUUUCGAUAGUGGAUAGAUCAUCACAUGAUACAUGGAUAAAGAACAACUUGAACACAGGGAAGUUGGAUUAUUUCUAUUGGUUGCUCGCGGGGUUGGUGGCGUUAGACUUCAUUAUAUUUCUGGUGUUCGCUAUGAAGCAUCAAUAUAAGCUACAAACACAUAUAGAAAAGAUGGAAAUUAAUGAUGAGAAGGAGCUUCAGAGUUGGGAGAAAGGCAAUGGUGUUGCUUAGAUGCAUGGGAAAAAUAUUAAGGGAAUGUAUGGUUCAAACCAAGCAUAUCAAGAUGAGCUUGGAGCUUGAUCUAAUAGCCUUCAUUAUCUCUAAGUAUAAAUCUAAAGAGAUUUUAAUUGUUGGUAAUGGUGUGCUUUAGUUAGAGUAGUAUGUAUAGGUCUUGCAGCAAGAUUGUUGAUUGUGCAAUGUGUAGAUCUCAAUUUCUCUAAUUCUGUAGAGAUAUGAAUAUAGCAAAAGUUUGAUCUUUUUGAUGUAA